CCCAGAUUUGCCGAACAUUUCCACUUCCAAUUUGUUUCAUUUCGCGUCGCCUUGCAAGACGAACUGUGUAAUUUUAAAAACGUGAUCUCAUUCAUAAAGAUAAAAUAAAAGCUUCUAAACUAAUCUUUCUGAGAUUAAUUAAGUGCUAUCUUCAUAUUCAAACACAAGAUUCAGUGCUAUAAAUAGGAUGGCGUCGUUCAUCCCUUACUUUGUUGCCCUUGCAUUGGCGGUUAACGCAGCCGCAGCAUUGGAAUGCUACAAUUGCAACAGCAAAGAAAGCGCAGCUUGCAAAUGGGGCUUUACCUCUUUCACCUACAACACUGAAAAAUGCGGAAGCGCCGGAUUUUUGGACAGCAUUGUUGGAGCUAAAUGCUUCAAAAUCACUGCUAAAAACAAGAAAGGCGAAGACUACAUCGCAAGAGGCUGCAUGAACCCACCGGCUGUAGGCUGUCAAGUUUUGGCUAAAACUGUCGGCUGGAUUUCCGACCAAUCCAGCAACGAUCCAGAUGCUCUAAGUGAACUGGAUUGUCAAACUUGUGACAGUGACAAGUGCAAUUCGGCAUCGAAAAUUUCCGGAUUUACCCUGUUGGGAGUUUUGCUUGCAGUUUUUGCUUUCCUGUUUUAAAUUUUUCUCAUAAUAAUUAUUAUCGGUGUCUAUUUGUGUAAAAAUUUGCAUAAACAUCUAUGCCUAAAUAUUAUAGGCUGUAAAAAUGUAUCUCAUUUUAUUUGUUUUGUUUUAGCCGAUUGGUGUGCUUGAAAAUUUCAAUGCUUACCUACUGUCUUUUAUGUUAGUGUAUUAGUGAUACUAUUUGGUAGUUUGUAGAUUUAAAUAUUAUACCAAAAUAUUCAAACAGUUUUUUGAAUUUACAGCUUUUAUAAAACAUUUAUCUGUUAAAUAUUCCAUAGUUUAAAUCAGACCAAACUAAAAAAAACACUAUUUUUGUAUAAUAAAUAUUUUCAUGUGUAGUUUUCAACCUUGUUUCAAGCUGGAAUAUGUAAUUUAUGAGAAUUGUUGUUUUAAUUUAUUAUGCAGGUCAAGAAUGUUGCUUCUGUAAAAGGAAGUAACAUAAGGUCAAAAUCAGCUCAUGUACCUAUUAAUUACCAACUUGUAUUAAUUUAUUGUUAAUACUUUUUGUUAUUAUUUUCUUUUAAUAAAAAAACUUAUUUCCUAAUAAACAUUGAUGUGUUUUUUUUUAAACAAAAUAAAUAAAUGAAAUUAUUAAUACUAAUAUUACAAAGUUAAUUCUUAAAUUAGUCACAUUAUUACAAAGAUCCUUGUUACAUAUUUCGCAUUUUUCUUGAUUAGUACCACGGCAUUCGUGCUGUUCAGCACCUUCAGAAUAACUGGUACAACCUCUGAUGAUUUGUUCUCCA